AUGCACCAAGCUAAAACAAAUGAUCUUGUUUUUCUUCUUGCUGCAUCAAAUUUACAUUGGCGUUUAGAAAAACGUGUUUUAGUUGAUUUGUCAACAAAAGAAGCCCAAGAAACUAUAUUUCAACAAUUUUUACCACCAACUGUUAUUUGUGAAAAUAAUGGUCUUGGUUAUUCUGGUGUGGAUAUCAUACUUGUAUGUAAAGAAGCCGCAAUGAAUCUAUUGCGACAAGUAUUUGAUAUACUUGAAACCCUUCAAGAUGAUCCUGAAUUAAGUAAAUGUAUUCAACUUGAUUCAAUAACAACAACUGAUGUUGAAAAAGUUUUAUCAACAAUAAAAUUAUCAACACGAGCCUUUAAAGAUAAAUAUAUACAAUGUCAAAAAGAAUUUGAAUCUGUUUAA